AGGACACGAUUCUCUCACGGGUCCCCCAUCCUCGCUUAGAGCAGGCUCUCUCCUGUUCCCCGGGUAGAAAAAAGAAGUCUCCAGAGCGCUUGCGCACACUGUUCCCCUUCGCCUCCCUCACCCCUCCCUCUUCCCGCGGCCCGCCGUGUGCUUCCCGUCGCCCACUAGGCGGCGCGCCCUGGGGCGCGAGGCGGCGGAUUGGCUACGGCAGCGGCCGAGCGGAGACACAGAGAGAGCGGGGCCGUGUGGGGCGGUACUGCGGCUGCUGAGGAGAAAUUGGGCUGAAGCAUUGAUAGCGCCGCCGCCAGGCAGUACGCGCACACGUGGACGACGGUUAAGGCGGCGCCGGCUCCGGUCUCUUCAAUAUCACUGCCGCCCGGAGUAGCGACAGCAGGAGGCGGCGGCGGCGGCGAGGGGCCAAGUGGCACGGGAGUGGUGGCGCGGCGACGUAGGAGGCGGCGGCGGCGGGGCCUGGUGGGAUGGUGGGUCCAAACGGCGCCGCAGGAGGAGGAGGAGGAGGAGGAGGCGGCGGUGAAGGAAGAGCGGGACGGGUGCGACGACGGCGGAGGCGUGGCGGUUCCCCCUCGCGACGCUGAGCCGAAGCGAAGGCGGACGGCGCCAGGAUCCCCGUGUCCCGGGGGCAGCAACAUGGUCCGGGAGAACAGGCAUCUCUGGGUAGGCAACCUGCCGGAGAACAUCCGCGAGGAGAAGAUCAUCAAGCACUUCAAGCGGGCUUCAGAUAACAGGGAGCGUGCUUAUGAGCCUAGUGCCUAUGGACACCAUGAACGGGGGACAGGAGGAUUUGAUCGCACGCGACAUUACGAUCAGGAUUAUUACCGGGAUACUCGGGAACGGACUUUGCAACACGGACUCUAUUACAGUUCUCGGAGUCGCAGCCCGAGCCGCUUUGAUGCUCAUGACCCUCGUUACGAACCUCGGGCUCGGGAGCAGUUUACGUUGCCCAGCGUGGUACACAGGGAUAUCUACCGGGAUGACCUCACCAGGGAGGUCCGAGGUAGAAGGCCGGAAAGGAGUUACCAGCACAGCAGGAGCCGGUCACCCCAUUCCUUCCAGUCCAGGACACAGUCUCCCCAGAGGCUGCCGAGCCAAGCAUCCAGAUCCAGUCGAUCGCCCAGCGGAAGCGGUUCUAGGAGCCGGUCUUCGAGCAGCGAUUCAAUCAGAAGCAGCAACGACAGGGCUUCAGAUAACAGGGAGCGUGCUUAUGAGCCUAGUGCCUAUGGACACCAUGAACGGGGGACAGGAGGAUUUGAUCGCACAAGACAUUACGAUCAGGAUUAUUACCGGGAUCCUCGGGAACGGACUUUGCAACACGGACUCUAUUACAGUUCUCGGGGUCGUAGCCUGAGCCGCUUUGAUGCUCAUGACCAUCAUUACGAACCUCGGGCUCGGGAGCAGUUUACGUUGCCCAGCGUGGUACACAGGGAUAUCUACCGGGAUGACCUCACCAGGGAGGUCCGAGGUAGAAGGCCGGAAAGGAGUUACCAGCACAGCAGGAGCCGGUCCCCCCAUUCCUCCCAGUCCAGGACACAGUCUCCCCAGAGGCUGGCGAGCCAAGCAUCCAGAUCCACUCGAUCGCCCAGCGGAAGCGGUUCUAGGAGCCGGUCUUCGAGCAGCGAUCCAAUCAGAAGCAGCAGCAAUACCAGCAGGGACAGCAGCGACUCUAGUGACGAAUCCCCAGCCCGUUCGGUUCAGUCGACGGCUGUUCCAGCCCCUACCUCCCAGUUGCUUCCACCUCUGGAGAAAGAUGAACCCCGUAAAAGUUUUGGGAUUAAGGUCCAGAAUCUUCCUGUGCGUUCUACAGACACCAGCCUCAAGGAUGGGCUGUUCCAUAAAUUCAAGAAGUACGGGAAGGUGACCUGUGUCCAGAUUCACGGGGCCUCCGAAGAGCGAUAUGGACUGGUGUUCUUCCGGCAACAGGAGGACCAGGAGAAGGCCCUGAACGCCUCCAAAGGAAAGCUGUUUUUCGGCAUGCAGAUUGAAAUGACGGCUUGGAUAGGGCCAGAAACCGAAAGCGAGAACGAAUUCCGGCCACUGGAUGAAAGGAUCGACGAGUUUCAUCCUAAAGCGACUAGAACUCUCUUCAUUGGCAACCUUGAAAAAACCACCACAUGUGAUGAGCUUUGUAACAUUUUCCAGCGUUUUGGAGGAAUAGUGGAUAUCGACAUGAAGAGAGUGAACGGGAUUCCUCAGUAUGCCUUCCUGCAGUUUUCCGAUAUUGCCAGUGUCUGCAAAGCCAUCAAAAAGAUGGAUGGAGAAUAUCUUGGAAACAAUCGCCUCAAGCUGGGCUUUGGAAAGAGCAUGCCUACCAACUGCGUGUGGCUGGACGGACUAGCGACAAGCCUCACGGAUCAGUAUUUGACGCGACAUUUCUUCCGCUACGGCCCAGUGGUGAAGGUGGUGUUUGAUCGCUUAAAAGGCAUGGCUCUGGUUCUCUACAAUGAGAUAGAAUAUGCACAGGCGGCUGUCAACGAGACCAAGGGGAGGAAAAUCAGCGGGAAUAAAGUUAAGGUGGAUUUUGCGAACCGCGAGAGCCAGCUGUCAUUCUAUCAGUCUAUGGAGAAAACGGGUCAGGACAUUGGAGAAUUCUACGAAAUGCUUACAGAAAGAAGGGAUGAAAGGAGAGGCUCCUAUGAUUAUGCUGCAGAUCGUACCUAUUACAAGGCUGUCCGGACACCGGGGACGUAUCCAGAAGUCCCUCGGAGAGAAUACCCGAUUCGAGGCAGGGACUUUUACGCCGAUUGGGAUCCUUACCAGGGAGACUAUUACGACCCAUGGUAUUAUGAUGAUCCCUGGAAAUACCGAGACUACAGGGGAGACACUUACGAGCAAGACAUCGGGGAGUACAGCUACCGACAGCGUGAGUGGUUUGAGUCUGACCGAGAGCACGAAAGGAGGCCCUUGGAAAGGAGCCAAAGCCCCGCUCACUCCCAGCUGUCGCAGAGCCCCAGCGCCUCCCCCUUGCAAUCAGAGCAGUUCCAGAGCGACUCCGAGAGGCGGAUCUACAGUCGCUCGUCUGAGCACAGUGGAAGCUGCAGCUCCCUUUCUCCACCCCGCUACGACAAACUGGACAAAAACCGCCUUGAGCGAUAUGCCAAAAACGAAAACCCAAAAAAAGAACGUGCUUUUGAACAAGAGCGGCCAGAGAAAGACAAGCUCCUGGUGAGGAAAGAGAAGCCGGAGAAGCUUGAAAAAGAGAAAACAGAGAAGCAGAAGCGGAAGGCCAAAGUGCAUUCUCCCAGCUCCCCGUCUUCGGAAACCGACCCGGAAAAUGAAAGGGAGCCCAGCCCCGAGAAAUCAAAAGGCAGCGGCAAGCAGAGCCGGAAAAGAGCCGAGAGGGAGGGGGCUGCCAAGAACUGCCUGGAUCUCAUGCCAUGUGUGGUGCUGACCCGAGUGAGAGAAAAGGAAGGGAAGGUCCUCGACCAGCCUCAGCUGGAGAAAUUAAGAGGGAAGCUGGAGAGUGACCCCAUCAAACCUCCCUUGUCUGAUCAGAAAAUGCAGAUUUCCCAAGUGGAUCAGACCAAGUUGGAACCACUGAAGCUCGACUCCAUCAGAACCAAAGUGUCCAAAGAGAAGGUCCUGGCCAGCCACAUUGAGGUGGUGGACAAAGAUGGGAAGCUGAAGCCUAAGAAGCACCUGAAGGCAGAUCCAUCCAGUGAAGUGGCCUAUCCGUUGAACCUCAAAAAGCAGGAGGCUCACAAAAGGCGUUUCGCGGAGGCAAACCUAAAAUCCGACAAGCAAAAAAUGGAAAUCAAAAGAAGCAGUCAGGAGGAAGAGGAAGGCCGGGUCAUUUUGAAAAAGCAGAUGGAUGUGGCUGAAACCGAAAGGAAGCCCCCGAGAAAAGAGGCCAUUAAAAGAGAAACUAGGAAAAUCAAGCUGGAAAGAUUUACUACCGUGGCCAGUCCCAAAGAUAAUACAGACCCCGCCAGCCUUUCGAUGAUCCGGAUGAGCACAGGGCACAUGGAAGGGACCCUCCAGCUCCUUUACCUGCUCCUGACUGACUGUUGCAUAUACCUCAUCCGAAAAGGAGCUGCCGAGAAGCCUUACAUGGUGGAGGAGGCUGUGUCCUAUAAUGAGCUGGACUACAUCUCUGUGGGUCUGGAUCAGCAAACAGUGACUUUGGUCUGCACCAACCGCCAGAAGCAGUUCCUGCUGGAAACGGCGGACACUACCCUAACUGAAUUCUUCCUGACCUCUCUGAGGUCCGCCAUGAUCAAAGGCUGCCGCGAGCCGCCAUACCCCAGCAUCCUGACCGACGCCACCAUGGAGAAACUGGCGCUGGCUAAAUUUGUGGCUCAGGAAUCCAAGCAGGAGAUCUCGGAAGUGGUGGUCCACUUCUAUGGCCUUGUUCACUGGGAAGACCCCACGGAUGAGAAUCCCGGCCCACCUUUGUCUCACUACUUGUCCACCGAAAACUGCAUCGUCAAGGAAGGUGUGCUAAAUUACAAAGCAGGAACCAAUUACCUGGGCAAGGAAGUCUGGAAGCCCUGCUUUGUUGUGCUCAGUAACGGCAUCUUGUACCAGUACCCAGACCGGACGGACAUCACUCCACUGCUGUCUGUGAAUAUGGGGGGGGAGCAGUGUGGCGGUUGCCGAAGGUCGAACGCGACAGAUCGGCCCCACUCCUUCCAGGUCAUUUUGACCGAGCGCCCUUCCCUGGAGCUGAGCGCAGAAAACGAAGAGGAGAUGGCCGACUGGAUGCAGUACUUAUGCCAGGCGGUCUCCCAAGGGGUCAUCCCACAGGGCAUGGCCCCUGCACCCUGCGUCCCCUGCUGCCUGGUGGUGACGGAGCAGAAACUGUUCACCUGCCACGAGGACUGCCAGACCAGCUUCUUCCGCUCACUGGCCACUGCUAAGCUGACGGACGUGGCUUCUGUCUCCACAGAGCCCGGUCGGGAAUAUUGCCUCCUGGAGUUUGCCCAGGAGCAGAAGCAGUACGUGCCCCCGUGGGUCCUCUAUUUCAGCUGCUCUGCCGAACUGGAGCGGUUCCUGGUGGCGCUGGACGCUGUGUGGAAGAGCACCUACCAGGCGGACCUUCUGCACAAGACCCUCGAGGACAGCUCCAUCCGGAAGAAAUGCGAGGAUGCACUGAGCCUGAUCCACAGCACGUGGCAGCGCAGCGACAGCCUGUGUCGCGGCCGGGCUUCCCGGGACCCCUGAAGUUAGCCUCCCGGGAGGCGAAGAAUGGCCUGAUCCCACCAGGCGGACGCACAGACGGGCGCACGAGGGAGGGGAGGACCUGAGG